GUUGCUAGCUGGGGAGAUACAGGAUAUUCGUUUAAAGAGUAUACUGAGUAGAACGUCAUUAAGAUACAGGCUAAAAUAUGUACUAUUUUUUUUUAAGAGAAACGGCGCUGGCAGACAGGAUUUAGUUUAUCCCUGUCUCUGGACCAAACUCCAGCUCAGUAGGGUGCGGUAAUGCACCAUAACGUUGGAUGCCAACCAUCGAUGAACCCCACCGAAGAAGAAGCGGCCAUUUUGUUAGACGUUUGGAGGCUAGGGAGAUUAGCGGACGCCUUUCGUAUUAUUUGUUUUUUACCUUACCCUCACAAAUUGGAGGUGUAAUUACACUGGUUCUUAUAAUUUAUCAAGUAUAAUUUAUUUUGCGUACAGGGUCGACCUCGUUUUUAAAACAUUAAAGAAGAUAGGACAAUAUUUUGUGUAUCAUAUUCGUGCGAGAUCCUGCUAACCAUUCAUGUUGCAAGCGUGUGCGGUGUUUAUUAGCCAGGAACACAGGGCCUUUUCAGCUCUCAUGGCCACCAUCUAUCGAUUUUUUUUAAACUGCUGUCUGCCCCGUGAACGCACAAAUUAGCUAUAUUUUUUGUCUUUCACUCAACUUGUAUUACCCAAAUUAGAUUAGAAACUCAUUGGAAUAUCGCUUUGGCUUUGCUAGCUGGCUUGCUAACAAUCAGAACCCCGCGUGCGCCAUUAGCGUUGAACGUGAAUUAGCCAUUAGCUAGCUUGCUAACUUUACUUCAUAAUCUAACUUCGAGACCAUGGCAGAGUUGUACAUUCGCGUGGCAGAGGAUGAAAACGAAGAGCCAAUGGAGAUCCCAUCUGAGGAUGAUGGGACUGUUUUGCUGUCAACAGUUGCAGCCCAGUUUCCCGGAGCGUGCGGCCUACGUUACAGGAACCCUGUGUCUCAGUGCAUGCGAGGCGUCCGUCUAGUUGAGGGUAUCUUGCAUGCACCUGAGAAUGACUGGGGUAGUCUGGUGUACGUCGUCAACUACCCAAAAGAUAACAAAAGGAAAAUGGAUGAAAUGGAUGCUGCCUCUGCGGUUAAAAUGAAGAGGAGUAUCGAGAAAACAUCAGACCUCAUUAUCCUUGGUUUGCCUUGGAAAACAUCUGAGCAAGAUUUGAAAGACUACUUCGCCACUUUUGGAGAAGUCAUCAUGGUGCAGGUCAAAAGAGAUGUUAAGACUGGGAACUCAAAGGGUUUUGGCUUUGUUCGGUUCACUGAGUACGAGACUCAAUCCAAAGUGAUUUCUCAGCGACACAUGAUUGACGGAAGAUGGUGUGACUGCAAACUACCCAACUCUAAGGCAGGUCCCGAUGAGCCCAUGCGCAGCCGUAAAAUCUUUGUUGGCCGCUGCACAGAGGACAUAACCACUGAUGAGCUCCGGCAGUUCUUCAUGCAGUAUGGCGAGGUCACCGAUGUCUUCAUUCCCAAACCCUUCCGGGCCUUCGCCUUUGUCACUUUCGCAGAUGACCAGGUUGCCUCAGCCCUGUGCGGAGAGGACCUGAUCAUCAAGGGUGUCAGCGUGCACAUCUCCAACGCUGAGCCUAAGCACAAUAAUAGUAGGCAAAUGAUGGAUCGUGGGGCUGGUGCGUUCGGGGGCCAGGGCUAUGGCGGUGGUCGUGGAGGGCUAGGGAGCAGUGGCAGUAGCGGGGUGAAUUUCGGGGGGCUUAGUCUUAACCCAGCCAUGAUGGCCGCCGCUCUGCAGAGCAGCUGGGGCAUGAUGGGUAUGCUUGCUAACCAGCAGGGUCAGACCAAUUCGGCAGGCACUGCCGCCGCCGGGCAGACCAGUGCCACCCGAGAUCAGAGCCAGGCCUAUAGUUCUAAUAGCACCAGCUACAGCAGCCCCAGCUCAGCUAGCCUAGGGUGGGCUGCAGGCACCAACUCUGCCUCCAGCAGUGGGUUCAGCUCCGGAUUUGGCACCUCUAUGGAGUCAAAAUCAUCUGGUUGGGGAAUGUAGAAAACUUUGAUUUAAAGUCUUUUUUUCUAGAUUAAUCUGGUAAGUAUUUUGAGGGGCAAGAAAGAGUUAGUCAUAUCUUAUGUCCCUGCUAUUUAAAACUAUAUUGCCUUUCAUUUUGUUAAAGAAGACAUUUGAGUAUUCAUAUGUUUGUGUGUGUGACUAGUUCUGUAGGAGAUGAGUGCACAGAGUGGUUGAAGUGUAAAGUUCUUUAGACUGCUACACGUCAUUUUCUUUUCCUUGAGAAAAAGUUAUUUAGUUUAAGACGUGACAUGAUCACUCUGCAUGCUAAGUAGAUAUUUCUGAGAUGCACGAGUAUCACGAAAGCCCCCCUAAACCACCUGUAUAUGGUCUUGAAUUGGGCUUGAGGUUUAAUCUCUGUAUGCAGUUGAUUGUCUUUUUUGUUUGCCGUUUUAUGGAAACGCCUUCAUGAAAAUCUCUUCAACAGUUAACUCUUUUUUUCCCUUCGAAUUUCCUGGAAAGAAGCCCCUCAUUGGCAGUAAUGUUCGACCAAACUCAGCAUCAGUACCCCUCUUCCCAUGUGUAAAUGCUUUGCCAUCAAAAGACACAGCUUCACUCUGCAUAUACUGUGUUAGACGGUGGGUGUUGUCUUUAUCUCCCCUUUUCAUGGAUCAAAACAUCUUGUCUGCUUUAUCACUUGAGAACAAAGCGAUUGGUAGUGGCCAAAGAGUGAGAGACUGAGUGUGGGAAAAGCAGUAUGAAAAGGACUGGUUGUGCGAUGCUGAAGAGACGGAUGUCUGCGAGAGUUGAGAAGAACCUGUGGCUUUGUGCGAGUGUGUUCCAUAUGACCAUCAAAAGGACAUUCAUCGUAUCUUGAGAUCCCUAAGGUCUCCUUUCUCUAUUUCUAUCAAGCUUAAUCUUAAACACAAUGGAAUGUUUAGCGCUAUGAAUAUUUGUAUCCUUUCUUGCUGUCUGAUUUGAUGUGAAUGCUGUAUGGUGUGUGUGCUUCAUUUUCUUCUUGUUCCUUCCCCUUUCCGUGUGAAAAUGUGACCUGCUGUUGGUGAUUGUCUGUGUUGAGAGCACUGGGGGAGCUUGGAGGAUUGUGUGACGGUGCAUGUGAACUCGGUGUGUCUUAAGAGGGUGAAGUGGCAAGCGUUUGACGAGCUAUUGACAUUUUGUGUUAGUGUUUUUGAAUGCAUUUUAUAUGUUUUGUGAAUCAAAGGGAAUUCUCAAAUAAAACUAAAUUUGACUAGGUAUGUUGCCUACCUGACAGUAAUUUAGUUUAAACAUUUUGGACUGUUAACAUUAAUUGAUCUGCGAACACUUUAAUUCGCAUGUAUAGGGACCUUGGACACUGCCGGCUCAGGUUUACAUCAGAACCCCAGAGUGAAGUCAAUUUUCAGGAAGCUGAAGACUGGAGUUUGAUGCACUGUUGGUUGGGGGCAGGCAACAAGCCAACAGUGGAGAUGCUGCAGAAUGCCUUAUGUUUGAAAAGGGAAUUCUUCACCUCACUAACAAGACCCCUUGGACCACCCCCAUUGAAAUUUAAAACGGACCAUUCUCAAUUGGGCAGAGGUAUUCGGUUUAUACCUUCAAAUUAGUAAAUCUUAAAAGCAGUGCUAAAAUGUAAUCUAUUUAACUAGUCGCCUGCAAUUAAGUGAUGAUCAUGUUUUUGUUUUUUUCAGUCCGUUUUUUGAAGACAUGACCAGAUUAUUAUUUUUAUAUAUAUAUAUAUAUAUAUUUUUUUUUUUUAUCUUGCUUUUGAAAGAUUAAUUUGGUCAAAUUAUGCUUUGUCUCAAUACAGCCAUUGAUUAUUGUAAAUGGAAGUGCAAAGAUUUAAGUAAAGGCUUUUAUUUCAAGUAUUCUGUAGAUUUCUUUUUGAUUUGCUUAAAAUUGUAAAAUUUCAGUCGGAUUGACAGGACAUUCCUGAAUUAUUUAACCGCCGUAAAGGGGAAUGACUUGUAUGACUUGAGUCAAUUCUAAAGGGUUUUGGAUAAUUUAUGAUUGAACUCGCCAGCAGGAAUCAUAUCACUUGUGUACUGAUAUUGAACUCUUUAUUUUUAGUUCUCUAAAAUGUAAAAUAAAGUUUAACAUUUUGAA